AUGUCGUCUUCGGAGUCCCAAGACACUGCCGCUGCAUCGGAGCCGCAGCCUAGCAAAAAGGCCGCCAAGAAGGAGGCCGCCAAGCAGGACAAGCUCCGACGCCGCCAGGAAAUCGCUGCUGCGUCAGCGGCAACCGCAAACCUCUCCGUCGAUGAGGCUGAUCCCCUCGCCGCCAACUACGGCGACGUGCCGCUCGUCGACCUGCAGUCCAAGACGCCGGUCGACGUUGGCGAGUGGACGCACGUGGAGGCGCUUGGCGGCACGCUCGAGAACCGCGCGGUGCUGAUCCGAGGGAGGGCGCAGACGAUUCGACCGGUGGGGAAGAAGAUGGCGUUCUUGGUCAUAAGAGAGAACGGCUUCACUGUUCAGUGUCUGGUGCAGGCGCAGCCCGAUACGGUGAGCCCGCAGAUGGUGAAGUUCGCCGCCUCGCUCAACCGCGAGUCCAUCGUCGAUGUCGAAGGCGUUGUUUCGAUCCCCGCCGCUCCGAUCAAAGGCGCCACGCAGCAGGUGGAAAUUCAAGUGAAGAAGUUGUAUUGUGUCAGUAGGGCCGUACCUACUCUGCCAAUUAAUCUUGAGGACGCUGCUCGGAGUGAGGUUGAAAUUGAGAAGGCUCUUCAGGCUGGUGAGCAACUUGUUCGGGUUAAUCAGGACACACGUUUGAACUUCAGAGUGCUUGACGUGCGAACACCAGCUAAUCAAGGAAUUUUUCGCGUUCAGUCUCACGUUGCCAAUGCAUUUAGACAGUUCUUACUAUCUGAAGGUUUUUGUGAAAUUCACACUCCAAAGUUGAUUGCUGGAUCUAGUGAGGGUGGAGCUGCUGUUUUUAGACUGGACUACAAAGGCCAACCUGCAUGCCUGGCCCAGUCGCCUCAGCUUCACAAGCAAAUGUCUAUAUGUGGAGAUUUUGGCCGUGUUUUUGAAAUUGGUCCUGUGUUUAGAGCAGAAGAUUCCUACACUCACAGGCAUCUGUGUGAGUUUACAGGUCUUGACGUUGAAAUGGAGAUCAAGAAGCAUUAUUUUGAGGUUAUGGACAUAGUUGAUAGAUUAUUUGUUGCAAUGUUUGACAGUUUGAACCAACAUUGUAAGAAGGAUCUGGAAGCUGUAGAGUCUCAGUACCCGUUUGAACCUUUAAAGUAUCUGCGGAAUACACUUCGGCUAACUUAUGAAGAAGGGAUUCAGAUGCUCAAGGAAGUUGGAGUAGAAAUUGAACCUUUUGGUGACUUGAAUACUGAAGCGGAAAGGAAAUUGGGUCAACUAGUCUUGGAGAAGUAUGGCACAGAGUUCUAUAUCCUUCAUCGGUACCCUUUGGCUGUAAGGCCAUUUUAUACAAUGCCUUGCUAUGACAAUCCAGCAUACAGCAACUCGUUUGAUGUCUUUAUUCGAGGUGAGGAGAUAAUUUCAGGAGCUCAGCGUGUUCAUGUGCCAGAAUUUUUGGAACAACGUGCAGCAGCUUGCGGCAUUGAUGUCAAGACAAUAUCUACAUACAUCGAUUCUUUCAGAUAUGGUGCACCGCCACAUGGUGGCUUUGGAGUAGGCUUGGAGCGUGUUGUGAUGCUCUUCUGUGGUCUGAAUAACAUUCGCAAAACAUCGCUUUUCCCUCGCGACCCGCUUAGGAUUGCGCCAUGA